ACCUCCAAUGGACCGAUACCUGUAAAGUUCCUAAUCUUUGUCAUCACUUGUCGCAGCACCUAAUUCCAGUCAAAACAUUAAAAUCCUUCACUUCCCUGCGCCUUCGUCCCCAUUUUCAUCCCUUUUCUUCCUCCUUAACUCUCCCUGUUCAUUUUAAGCGAUUUUCAGAAUCCAGCACUCCUCGAAUCGAAUCAGAAGAAAUGGGUUUUGCGAAGGAGGAGAAAUCGAGGAGAGUGUGGCGAGGUUUGAAGACUCUCUUCUUCUUGAUCACCAUGGUAAUUUCGUUUCUCCUGUUUUCUGCGCCGGUCCUCCUCGCUAUUGCUGAUACCCUUUUACCCUCCGCUUUGCUUUCUGCUUCCCUUUCUCCUUCAUCUCUGUCCUCGGAUACUAUCUCCUCUUAUUUCAGUAACUAUGAUUUUCGGUAUUCCCUCAUCGAUAUACCUCUCAUCUCCAUCAUAAGAUCAAUUGUUAUACUCUGUGUAUAUAGUCUCUGUGAUGGACCCAGGCUUUCGAGGGGGCCAUACUUGGGGAUCGCGACGAUGUGUUCUCUACUGUCUCUGAUUUAUGUUUCAUUAAAGGCUUCGUUUGUGUUUAGCGCGAGUGUUCAUCGAGAAGGGUAUGUCAGACCCAUGGAGAUCGCCCUGUUUGUCUGUUCACUCGCCUUAGCCGUCGGGCAUAUAGUCGUUGCAUACAGAACAAGCUGCCGGGCGAGAAGGAAGCUCCUUGUAUUCAAAAUCGACAUUGAAAAUGCCACUGAAGCUUCUGGGUGGAGCUUUUAUUCUUCUGGAAGGUCAACUGUUUCUCGGUUUUCGAUUGGCGCCGGGAAUUUUGUGAGAUUUGCCUAAUUUUAGGCUUCCGUAAGGAGGAAUGGGAGGAAGGCCGAACCUCAGAAUGACCUCAGAAUGAGCUUUCCUGUGGUUAAGACUUGAGACUUGCUCAUUUUUUUAUUUGUCCACACCUGCAACUUGAACCUGGCGGCUGCAUUGAAUUGAGUCAUUGACCACUUGCAAUUGCUCAUAAAUUUCACAUUGAAACACUUCUAGAUUAUGAACCGGAGAUUUUAGACGGGGUAUGAACUCUCAAAAAAAUCUAUUGUUCUGUUUACUUUUUUUUUUCAAUUUUUCUGGUCCAUGUUUUCUCCUCCACCUAACCCCAAGUUGAAAUCCUACAUGGAAUCUUGCAUCCGGAUAAUCUGUGUGAUUGGACGCUGCCCAUAGAGGUGGGUCUCUUCUUGGCUUUAAUAUUUGGACAAAUUGCCGAUUCCAUGUGCAACUCUUCCUACAUUUUUGAACUGGCAGAAUAUUGAACUUUUCCAGAGGACCAAAACAAAGUCAUAAUUUAAAACCUUUGAUUGUAGAGUUAUGGUCAUGGUUCAGAGUUCGGACCUCUAUAAUAGCUAGUGCACCUACUUGCUUGUGUCCCAGAAAAAAUGGAUCAAUUAAUGGAAGAGUGCAUGAGAAGCUAAUUUUUAAUGAAUAUCCUAGUCUUCUCGAAAAUUCUAUCCCCCAACCUGUGAAGUGUGAACGUGGGCCAAUUGUGCAGUAAUGCUUUUCAAAAUCAAACAGUAACACAUGGUAAUGCUUUUCAAAAUUAAACAGCAACACAUAGUAAUGUUUUUCAAAACCAAAAAGCAACAUGUAGUAAUGCUUUUCAAAGUCAGACAGCAACCCUUUAUUCUGUUCCCAUUUCAAUUUCUAGAAAGAAAUCCAUUUGUAGAUGGUGUUCCUAAUAAGAUUUGUUCAUAUCAUGAUAAUUUACAGGUUUCAGCUUGCAAGAAUGGGUUUCCAAGAUACCAGAAAAAGCUCCAAGAGGAAAGAGUGAAGUAAAUACCAACAGCGAAAAUGAGAAUCGGUUACCUCUCCCCUUUUUGGCUUUGGCUCUGUGCAUUAUUCCAUUCCAGGUUUCAGAUUUUUGCAAAGAAAUCGUUUCCUGAAUACAGAGCAGUUAGCACUGAACAGGGGAUGAGUGUGGAGACAGACGCUAGUAAACAACCAUAGACAAAAGAAACCUUUUUUUUUUUUGUUGAUGUUGUUAUGGGGAGAGGAAGUCUGAUUAUUACUUAGGCAAUGUCUCAAGACACAUGAUAAAAUUAUUUCAUCUGUAUAGCAUAUGAGUCUCUUGUUUUGCAGUCUGGAUUAUACCAGACUGCAAAACAGUUUUUCGAUAACAUUUACAUAGAGAAACUGUGAUAAGUGCUGGCGUUGUAUCUAUUGGCGUGUAUAGGCUCUGAUUUCAGAAAAACACCCAACCUUUGGUUUGAGGUGCAGCGUUUGUAUUGUACUGAAAAAAUCUAAUGGGAUUGG